GGCCCCUCUCCGGGCUGGGAGCUCCGGCCGAGCGGAGGCGCGACGGAGAGCACCAGCGCCGGGCGGAGAGCGGGGAGCGGACCGCCAGAGUGGGGCUUUGCGGAGAGCGAGGGCCGGACCGAGCCGCCCCAAAGGACCGAUGCGCCGGGUGGGGCGCUGGCCCCGGAGGGCGUGAGCCGCCCGCAGAUUGAGCAACUUGGGAAAGCGCGGGCGGAGCGGGGCGAGCCGGGCGCCCAGGACAGUCCUGCGGCGGGCGGGCGGGUGAGCCGGCCGCGCCCUCGCCCCUCCCGGGCCUGCCCCCGCCGCGGCUGGCAGCGCGGAGGUUGGUUUUUGGAGGCGUCCCUGCUGAAGUGACAAAGAGUUCUCCCACGUGACACCCCAAGGUGCCUUUGAGGAACGCUCUCUGGACCUCCCUAUGGGCUGAUGAAGAAGUUGCCUCCCCACGCCCUCUGUGUCCCCAGCUGAGAUUAUGGUGGAUUUGGGAUACGGCCCAGGCCUGGGCCUCCUGCUGCUGACCCAACCCCGCAGGCGUUAGCAAGAGCCCUGCACUGUCCGCCCCCCCCUCCCCAGAGACCACCCCUCCUACCAGGGGCCUGGAGUUGGCGAGUGACUAUGCGGCUUGGGCUGUGUGUGGUGGCCCUGUUUCUGAGCUGGAUGCAUCUCGCUGCCGGCAGCCGGGGGAUCAAGGGGAAGAGGCAGAGGCGGAUCAGUGCCGAGGGGAGCCAGGCCUGCGCCAAAGGUUGUGAGCUCUGCUCGGAAGUCAACGGCUGCCUCAAGUGCUCGCCCAAGCUGUUCAUCCUGCUGGAGAGGAACGACAUCCGCCAGGUGGGCGUGUGCUUGCCCUCCUGCCCUCCUGGCUACUUCGACGCCCGCAACCCCGACAUGAACAAGUGCAUCAAGUGCAAGAUUGAGCACUGCGAGGCCUGCUUCAGCCACAACUUCUGCACCAAGUGUAAGGAGAGCUUAUACCUGCACAAGGGCCGCUGCUACCCAGCCUGUCCCGAGGGCUCGGCGGCUGCCAACAGCACCAUGGAGUGCAGUAGUCCUGCACAAUGUGAAAUGAGUGAGUGGUCCCUGUGGGGGCCGUGCUCCAAGAAGAAGAGGCUGUGCGGCUUCCGGAGGGGCUCUGAGGAGCGGACACGGAGGGUGCUCCACGCCCCCGGGGGAGACCACGCUGCCUGCUCCGACACCAAGGAGACCCGCAGGUGCACAGUGCGGAGGACACCCUGUCCUGAGGGGCAGAAGAGGAGGAAAGGUGGCCAGGGCCGGCGGGAGAACGCCAACAGGAACCUGAGCAGGAAGGACAGCAAGGAGGCGGGCGCCGGCUCCCGGAGACGCAAGGGCCAGCAGCAGCCGCAGCACCAGGGGACAGCGGGGCCGGUCACGCCUGCAGGGCUCACCUAGGGGCCUAGGGACAUGCUUCAGCCUCCAGGCCUGUGCAGAAAGAGUCCAGCGCUGCUCUGUGUGAUGAAAGCUUUACUGAACUGGAGCGCUGGGGGCACAGCGUUCACACGCUCUCCAUACGUAUACGGACACACACACACACACACACACACAAGGGUCCAUGGCCAAACAUGCAACCAGCGUACAUGUGUGCAUCCGUGCGCGCGCGCACACACACACACACACAAUCGAGGCCACCGGAUGACACUUUUAUCUCCCGGACGUCACCGUGUGAACAGGGUGGGGAGGUGGAGGGGUCACCUCCGCCUGGCAGAGGGCCCAGCGUCACAGACUUGGUUUGCGAUGCUCCCAAGGGACAUGUCAGAGAGACCAUUUCCCCGCGUGCAAGCCCAAACAGAGUGGAGCCUUCUGGAGGAGCUGAUAGGAUCAGUCCAGGGUGGCAGACAGGAACCAAAGCUCAAGGCCUGUUCAGCAUCUCCAGCUGUGUGACUUUAUCAUUGGAGAGUAUUGUUACACACCCAUGAUCCGUGUCAGGGCUGCCCCAACUCUGAAAACUGCUUAAAAGUUUAUUUCAAAUUAAAAACAAAACCAAAUGACAACAGUAGCCACAGACAGCACGUUCCUUUUCAGGGUCCAGGGGUUGGUG